UUUUUAGUCACAGUUUCUGAAAUUUCAUCUUCCUACAAUUCUUGAACCCACCUUCCCACCCGCAGCCGACAAAAUGAGCGGUACCAGCGUUCUUGAUCGCCUGGCAGCGCUAGACAGCAACACAAUUUCCGAUGCCUUAGACUUUCUCGGCCUCAAAGGGGCCACCUAUGACCUGCGACCUCUCUGGGAGUGUCCAAAGAUUGUUGGACGUGCCAGCACCGUCCAAGUCGGCCCCAAGACCGACGUGAAGCCGACCACACAUCUGCUCACCCCCGUCAUCGACGCCGUCACCACUGAUGACCGCGUCCUGGUCAUCGCAGGCGGGACGGAAGGCAUAUCUUGCUGGGGCGACAUUGUCGCCAACGCCUCUAAGCAGAAGCGCAUUCGCGGAACCAUCAUCGAUGGCAUGAGUCGCGAUAUUGACGGCAGCCGCGACGUGGGCUACCCCGUGUACGGCCGGGGAGUGACGAUGAUUAGCGCCCGCAAUCGGCUGGUGCAGGUGGCGUCAGGCACGCCCUUGCAGGUACGCGGAGUCACGGUUCAUCAGGAUGAUUAUGUGAUUGCCGACAACUGCGGGACGGUGUUUGUACCAGCUGCGCGCAUUGGCGAGGUUGUGGAUUUGGCCGAACGCAUCGAUCGUCGCCAGGCCCGCAUGGUGGAGGCUGUCCGUGCCGGUCACCCGGUCUCGGAGGUGAUGCACGAUUCGCAGUUCGAAGCCAUUCGGCAGAGUGACAGCGCUCCAACCCCGCAAAAGACUGCAGCACCAGAACCCGUCCCAUCUCCGCACAAUCCAAAGUCCGCCAUUCCAGAAGACAAAGAGCUUGUGGCGUUGUUUGCCGACUCCGAUACACCAGCGGUGUCAGAUGCAUUGGAUAAACUGGGCAUUCCGGGCCAGGCGUUCGGAAUCAUGCCUCUUGCGAAUUAUACCAAAGUCACCGUCGGACCGGCCUUCACCGUGCGGUAUGUGCCGGCCAGCGAUCCGCCGGGUAGUGUGGGAGACUUUGUGGAUGAUGUAGCCGAGGGCGAUAUUGUGGUGAUUGACAAUGGCGGUCGCACAGAUUGCACAGUUUGGGGAGAUAUCAUGACGCAGUACACCGGCCUGCGAGGCAUCGCCGGAACUGUGAUCGACGGGGUGUGUCGAGAUGUGAACCGUGCCAUUGGCGAUGAUUACCCGCUGUUCACGGCUGGUCGGUGGAUGCGAACGGGCAAAGACCGCGUGCAGGUCGGAGGCGUGAACGAGUCUGUCGGCAUUGGCAAGGUCCGCGUCAACCCGCGCGAUAUCGUUGUCGCCGAUGCGAACGGCGUGGUCAUUGUGCCCCGUGCUCGGGCGCGCGAGGUGGCCGAAGUCGCACGCAAAAUCGAGCAGAGCGAGGAGGGUAUCCGGGAGAUGAUUGCUGGGGGUGCCACUAUCGCUGAGGCACGGAAGAAGUUGGGUUACCAUACAUUGCAGCGGCAUGGGAAGGAUGAGUAA